UGAUGAGGGGUUAAAAUUAAAUUUGAUUUUUGUUCAACCCAUUUUCAUAAUGGCUGUCGUUUCCCACUCUCUGGGUUUGAUCUUUAUACUUUUUUUAGAAUUCCUUGCUUGUAAUGGUGAUGCCGAGUUUCUUAGUAGGAGUAAUAUGGAGCAAUUUAAAGCUGGCAAGAAGUUAAUGUUGAUAAAUUUUUAUGCUGAUUGGUGUCGAUAUAGUGCUGCUCUCAAGCCUGUGUAUGAUAAGGCAGCUGAUCAAGUGGCAGCAGAAACUAAUGAAGCUGUGCUGGUCAAAGUUGAUUGCGAGAGAGACAGAAUAUUUUGUAUGCAAGACUUUCGUAUUACCAAAUACCCAACUAUUAAGAUCAUACGAAAUGGUGAAUUGAUCAGGAAAGAAUAUAGGGGCCAGAGAACUGUUGAAGCAUUAGUUUCAUUUGUCAAGAAACAGAUUGAAAGUCCUGUCCAUUUCGUUUCUAAUUAUGCAGCAGCUUUGGAAAAGGUAGAAGGAAAUACAAAGGCUGCUAUUGGUUUCUUUGCCACAAAUGAAUCAAUUGAGUAUCAAAAUUUUAAUAAGAUAGCAUUUAGUUUGAAAGAUGAAUGCAGGUUCUUUGCUAUUAUUAGCAGUGACACAAGUGCUCCUCAACUUACAUUUCGAGAGCAGUCUGGGUCAACUGACCAGCAAUUUAAUGGCGAUAUGACGUCCCAUCAGGCUGUUCAGAGUUGGUUAUCUGAACACUGUAUUCCACUUGUUAGGGAAAUCACAUUCCAAAAUGGAGAAGAACUAACUGAAGAAGGACUUCCUUUUUUCAUUUUGUUCUAUCAUCCUGAUAACCCUGACAUUAAAGCUGUGUUUAAAAGGAGAGUAGAGGAAGAAUUACUGAGACACAAAGGAUCUGUUAAUUUUGUUACUGCUGAUGGUAUUAAGUUUGCACAUCCAUUGAGUCAUCUUGGGAAAUCUAAAAAAGAUCUUCCUGUACUGGCCAUUGAUAGUUUUCGUCACAUGUAUAUAUUUCCAAACUUUAAUGAUAUUCAUGUACCUGGAGCAUUAAAUCAGUUUGUUGAGGACUUACACAGUGGGAAACUUCAUCGGGAAUUUCACCACGGACCAGAUGUAAGUUUUGACUCAAUACUUCGCGUUUUACAUCAAAAUUCCACUUUUCAAUAUCAGCCUCGUCAACCUCCAAAAGAGGAACAGAAGAGAGACAGUGGAGAUACCCAGCAGCCACCUGAAAGCACAUUUAAAAAACUUAAACCUGCAAAUUCACGAUACUCUUUUGUUGAUCAUGAUGAGUUGUAGGAUCAUUAUUAUUUUUAUUAUUAUUCUAAAAUAAGGAGUUUUAUUAUUAAAUAAA